CCUAUUCUCACCCCCAGAACUUGAAAGAAGAGAUUAAUUAAGGAGAAACAACAUCUAGUAAAUACAGAAAUGGCCUGUUGCAAGUACUUCUUGAUGGCUUUCUUCAUUGCUUUUGCAUUUUCCAGCAUCGACGUCGGCCUGGCGGCUCGCAAUCUUCUGCAGAUACCAAAUUUGCCUCCUCUGCCAAAUAUUCCAUCGCUGCCACAACCCACAAUACCAACUAUUCCAUCACUGCCACAACCCACAAUACCAACUAUUCCAUCGCUGCCACAACCCACAAUACCAACUAUUCCAUCGCUGCCACAACCCACAAUACCAACUAUUCCAUCGCUGCCACAACCCACAAUACCAACUAUUCCAUCACUGCCACGACCAUCUCUGCCUCCACUUCCUAGUAUCCCCAAUAUGCCUACUAUUCCAAAGGUCACAUUUCCACCAUUGCCGAGCAUACCUUCUAUUCCCAACAUUCCAACUACCAUUCCCUCCAUUCCAUUCUUCACUCCACCACCAUCUACCACAAGCCCUUGAGAAGCUUCAGCCGUGCAUUUCAUGCACAUUUGUUCUGGUUUGGUUGCUUUUAUUAUUUAGUGUUGUUUGGUGUGUACCAUAUAUGCGCCUUGUCGGCUUAGUUUGUGUGUGUGAGCAUUGUUAUAGCUCCUUUUAUUCUUCAUGCACUUCAUAUAUGUGUAAUUAAGUCCAUUGUUGUGGAUUUUCAAUUAUUUGAAUUUGAUCUACUUGCAUAUGAAUAAAUUCUCUGGUCAUUAUAUAUAUUAUAUUA